AUGCGGACCUCAACAACAUCGCCGUUGAGGCUAUGCCGGCCGCGUCCCUCUUCAUACCUUUCCAACUCUCGCUAUACACAAACCUGUCGAGGCCUUCAUGCAUCGCGGCCGUUGCGGUACUCUCCGCAGACGGUGUCUGAUGUAGAGAUUGCUGCUUUGGCUAGACAACACCAGCAUCCUCUCAGCCUCGCUGAUCUAGUUAAACACGGACGACCACCUCUAUCCGAAAAGUCCCUCCUCUCAUCUGCCAAUUUCACACUCUCUCUGCUCCCAAUCCGACUGGCAAGACGGAUCCAAGCCCUUCGUAACCUGCCUUAUAUCGUCGUCUCCAACCCCAACAUCUCUCGCAUCUACAACAACUACCUACACUCGCUAUCCAUUCUCCUGCCAUACUGGCACGCCGCGAGUCACGGCCAGCCGAUUUCCACCCUCAAAGACGAAAUCGAAUUCACAAAUGUCCUGGCCGAGCUCGUCGCAACCCACACCGACACCAUACCCAUUCUUGCCAAGGGCUUCCUUGAAUGUCGCAAAUACAUCUCUCCCGCCGAGGUGACUCGCUUUCUGGACGAGCAUUUACGCGCUCGAAUCGGCACAAGAUUAGUCGGCGAACAACACAUAGCUCUUCACUUCAGCAGCCAACCUCACUUUGCUCCUGAGGAUAGUCCCACGCCAUGUCCCGAACACCCUUCAUAUAUCGGCGUCAUCGAUACCGCCUUGAAGCCCUCUCUUACCAUUGACUCUUGCGCCGGCUUCGUAGCCGACAUUUGCGAGCUGCGUUAUGGCUCCAGGCCUCAAAUCUACAUUGACGGCGAACCAGACACAACGUUUGCUUUUAUACCCAUGCACCUGGAAUACAUUGUAACCGAACUGCUCAAGAACGCAUUCCGUGCCACUGUAGAAAGCCGGGCUCGUGAACCCGUUGUCGUCACCAUCGCACCCGAACCACCGCUUAAGGAGCAGCCCGGCGGCGCACCACUGAUCAAGCAACCCGACGAAGAGCGCGGCCAAUUCCGCAGCGACGCCAUCAAACCUCUGGACGACAACGCCCCAGGUGUAACAAUCCGUAUACGAGAUCGAGGCGGCGGCAUCUCGCCCGACGUCUUACCCAACAUCUGGUCAUACUCAUUCACUACCUUCUCCGACGACGACGGCUUCCCCGGUUCAGGAGGAAGCACAAGCGGGGAUGGUCUCAGCGCCAUCGCCACUGCCAGCACGGGCGGCAGCUCCAUCGCCGGCCUGGGAUACGGCCUGCCUUUAAGUCGUGCAUACGCCGAGUACUUUGGCGGUGGCAUCGCCGUCCAGAGUCUAUACGGCUGGGGCACAGAUGUAUACUUGCGGCUCAAGGGUGUAGGGAAUCUCGACUGA